AUGUCGACUGCCACCACCAACUAUGAAGAGUGCAGUUCCUGGAAAGAGAUCGCCGCCCAACAUCGCAGGAGCCUCCGCCUGCCCGACGGUACCAUUUCAAACGACCCUCGUCUGACCGAGUGGAACCACAAAGCCAAUGCGAGCUACGAUGCCCCUUUCAACGAUCAGGCAGGUCCCUCGCUCGCUUCUCUCCUCGAGCAGGAUUCCACCAAGCAAAUCUGGUCGUCGAAGCUCGACGCCACUUUGGACGGUCUCGAUGCCACGGGCAUUGUCGAGCUGACACGGUCUGGCAAGGUCAAGGUGCAAGACGUCACGCAACAUUUCCUGCAACGAGCUUCGGUCGUGCACCAGGCUACCAACUGCUUUUCGCACUUUUUUGCUCAAGAGGCCGUCAGCAGAGCCAAGCAACUCGAUGAAAAGCGCGCCGAGCUCGAAAAGCAAGGUCGCCUCGGUGAGUUGGGAUCCCUCUUCGGUCUGCCCAUGAGCAUCAAGGGCCACCUAUCGUACAAUCUACACGGCAGUCAGCGUGGGUUCGUAUUCGACGUGCUGCCAGAUCCAGCGUCGCAUCCGCUCGUCCAGCGCAAUCUCACCGCAAAGCAGCUCCAGCUCCUCGUCUCCACCCAAGGCGGCUUUGUCAGCGAAACCCCGGUCAACUCGAGCAUUGCUUCGCUGCUCCUCGAGAACGAUGCGGUCAUCAUCGGCAAGACAGCCAUGCCUCAGGGUGUGAUGCACCUCGACACGACUAGCAACCUGUAUGGUCAGACGCUCAACCCACACAACCUGGCCUUGAGUCCAGGUGGGUCGAGUGGAGGCGAGAGUGCGCUGAUCGCUGGCGGUGGGAGUGCGCUGGGUGUCGGAUCGGAUAUCGGUGGUUCGAUUCGACAGCCGUGCGGAGUGUGCGGGCUGUACGGUCUCAGGCCUACUACGCAGCGGCUGCCGUAUGGAGGCGUGCGCUCUACCAUGCCGGGCAACGAGGGCGUUGGGUCGUCGCUCGGUCCGAUGGCGACCAGUCUGCGCGACGUCGAGCUGUUCAUGCGCAGCCUGCUCAACGAUCAAACGCGGCCGUGGGAGUGGGACCACACUGUGUUGCCGACUCCGUGGCGCAAGGUCGACAGUCUGCUGGCUCCGGCUGGGUCGUUGAGCAAACCUAUCGUCAUCGGUGUGAUGAUGGAAGACGGCGUAGUGCGACCCACCGCCCCGGUUCGACGUGCGCUGUCGCACUGGGUGGACAAGCUGCAAGCCGUGUCCUCUCAGUCGGGUAGCCUGCCUCGGAUCGUGCUACGACGCUGGGAUCCGCGCGACCUGCACCGGCGCGCAUGGGACAUUAUCCGCUCGCUCUACUUUAUGGACUCGGGCAAGAUGUUUGCGCUCCUCGCCAAAGCGACCGGAGAGCCUUUCUUGCCUUUGACCCAGUUCAUCCUCUCGGAGCCCUUUGUCCGUCCCGCUUCGGGGGACCUCGACGCAGACGCCGCGGCUGCUGCCACUGGCCGAGCGACGACACGCAAGCUGGACGAGCUGUCGUACCUCGAAUCGUGUGCAAACGUACGUUCCCGCGAAGCUUUCCGCAAGGAGUUCUUCAAACGCUGGAACGAGCUCCAGCUGGACGCUCUGCUCUGUCCGGUCAUGUGCAACGUAGCCCCUCGACCGGGUACGAUCAAGUACUGGGGCUACACGAGCGUGUUCAACCUGGUCGAUUACCCCGGCGUCGUGUUCCCCUCGGGAUUCAAAGCCGACAGCGUGCUCGAUAAGCAGUUCGAGGCUACUCCGCAGUCAGCAACAGAGUUUGGCUAUGCACAGAGGGACGAAUGGAUGAGCGACUUUGAUCGAGACAACACCGAAGAGUAUGAGCAGCAUCGUACCGUGUUUGAUGGUGCACCGGUCGGCUUGCAGCUGAUCGGAAGGCGGUACAAGGACGAAGAGCUGUUGAAGCAUGCCGAGCUGCUGCAACAUUUGGUUGGCAGCGAUUAG